GCCACCAUUGCGCCUGUAAUAUGAGCUGUGUCGGCCGGCUGAGGUCUGGCUGCUGCAUCCCCCUGGCAGAGUUUGCGCUUGAGGAGGGAGCCGCUUCCCAUCGCUCACACAGACCAGGCGCCAAGUGUAGCAGUCCCGUCCGCAGUCUGCCUCAUCACCUCAAACGGCCGCAAUGCCCUUGGAUACCGCCGCCGCGCUCUGACGAACCCCAUCUCUCAGCGAGGCACCCUGGAUCUUUACUUCUGGACUGUUGUGCGCACUGUCCCGACUCCUCUGCGCUGCGUGAAGCGAAUGGAGAAGGUCCAAGGAUAACAGAGGGUGCAGGAUUGUGCUACUGCAGGAGACCUGCCGGUAGUUCGCUGCCCGGGGGGGCUGCCUGUCUGUCAGAGGCUGUGCUGUCGCAUCCACCUAUUCCAUUCUCUCAAAUCGCCUUGCAUGGAUACAUCAUGGCUACGUUUGUAUGCAGGGUACAGUUCUUAGAUGAUACUGAUCCAUUCAACAGCACCAAUUUCCCCGAGCCCACCAGACCACCUCUGUACACUUUCAGGGAAGAUAUUCCUCUCAUCAAUCAGAUUGCUGGAGUCCACAGGCUGCUGAAAGCCCCACAGAAGGCUGAUGACUGUGCCCUUCAGCUGUCCCACAAUGGAAGCUACCUGGACCUGGAGUCCACCCUGGCAGAACAGAAAGAUGAACUGGAGGGAUUUCAGGAGGAAGGAGGGAGAGGCAAGAAACACGGCAUCAUUCUUCGGACGCAGCUGUCCGUCAGAGUCCAUGCCUGCAUCGAAAAACUCUACAACUCAACUGGGCGAGAGCUACGGAGAGCCCUCUUUUCCCUCAAGCAGAUUUUUCAGGAUGACAAGGACCUGGUGCAUGAGUUUGUGGUGGAAGAAGGACUCACCUGUUUGAUCAAAGUCGGAGCUGAAGCCGACCAGAACUACCAGAAUUACAUCCUCAGGGCCCUCGGUCAGAUAAUGCUGUACGUGGACGGGAUGAACGGCCUCAUAUCUCACAAUGAAACUGUCCAGUGGCUUUACACCCUGGUCGGGUCCAAGUUCCGUCUGGUGGUGAAGACAGCCCUGAAGCUGCUGCUGGUGUUUGUGGAGUACACAGAGUCUAAUGCCGCCCUGCUCAUAAAGGCCGUGAAUGUGGUGGAUGCUAAAAGAGGCACAAAGUUAUGGUCGAACGUUAUGGAGAUCCUGGACGAGAAGGAUGGAGUGGAUACAGAACUGCUGGUGUAUGCGAUGACACUCAUCAAUAAGACUCUGGCAGGCCUCCCAGACCAGGACUCGUACUAUGACAUGGUAGACUGUCUGGAGGAGCAGGGCAUUGAGGCCAUGGCCCAGAGACACCUGAGCAGGAAGGGCACGGACCUCGACCUCGUAGAGCAGUUCAACAUGUAUGAGAUGACUCUCCGCCACGAGGACGGAGAUGAUGAAACGCAGCUGCCGCCGAGUGCCCGCAAGGACCGCCGAAGGGCCAGUGUCGGCGGCACCAAUGAGAGGCGUGGCUUGGAGAGGAGACGCAGCCGCAGACAUUCACUCCAGAACAGCAGAGGCCACGCGUCAGCCCCAGCAUCACCCAGCAGCCCUCACACAUACACAAACAGCUUCCUGCCCUUUGGUGGCCAACGCGUUGAAGACAUCAGUGAAAGUCUUCAGACAGACAUAAACAACUCUCCUACAUCUUACUCUGCUAGAAAGCCCUGCUGGGCUGAAAGAAUCAGUGCCAAUGGCACGCCGUACCCUGGCAGGCACCAGGCCCCUACAUCACCCGUCCAUCGCUUCACUAGUUCAGCAACCUCCGCACCAGACUCCAAACUGGUUGACAGACCUGCGUUGGGAGGCUUGCUGACUUCAUCCUACAGACAGCAUCAGGAGUCUCUGGCUGCAGAGAGAGAGAGGAGGCGCCUGGAAAGAGAAGAACGUCUGCAGAGAAUCGAAAGAGAAGAGAGGAACCGCUUUAAUCGAGAUUCUGUAGACAAGAGGGAAGAAGCACGACAAGCCAGAGAGGAAAGGUACAAGGCUGUGGAGAGGCUCGCUGCUGAGGAGUUCGAGCGAGAGCGUCCCAGAGUGCCGGCGAGAGGACGAACAGAGAUCACUUUGUGUUUGAGUUCCAACCCUGCCAGCCGCACAGCAUCCCGCUGCACCACACCUUCAUCCAUUAUCUCACAGGAAGACGCCGCCGCCGCUGCACAGCAGACGUCAGGAACAGUUGACAUCCCAGAGCCAAACCUUGACCCACAGACCAGGACCAAAAGUCCAGCGCCAGAAUUAACAGUAUCAGAACCUUCCCCCACGCCUCCUUCCGAGCCAGACGAGCAGCAGACUCAAAUAGAGCCGCCUGCAGAGACAGAGGACGUUGUUGAGGCUCAGUCUGAGGAGAAUGUGGUGGCGGAGCCGGUGUCAGACGAACAGUCGGCUAUGGAGAAAGAGGAGAAGAGAGAGCUUGAGGAGCAGAGGCAGUGCACGGAUGAGGCAGUGGUAGAGGAGCAGGUAGAAGAAGUGAAGGUAGGAGACGUGUCAGAGGUGGGAGAGCCCGAUGCGGAGGUGAAUGUCGAGUUAGAGGAGGAGCAGCCGAUGGAAAGGGAUGUAGAAGACAGUGUACUGCUGAGUGAGAAGGAGAGACAGAACGAGGAAGUGAAUGAAAAGGACAACUGCUCCGCAUCCAGCAUCUCCUCCACGAGUAGCACUCUGGAGAGGGAGGAGCGGGAGGAGAAAGUCACCAACGACAUCGAAGCAGGCCAGUGGACCCCGUGCAUUAAAGACACAGAUGUGAAUGACCAGUGCAACAAAAUACUCAACAGCAAGCGCUUCAUGCUGGACAUGCUCUACUCUCAGAAGCCAACCAGCGGCGAUGAAGGGAAUGUAGCAGAAACGGAGAAAGAAACGUGCAAAUGUGAGAAGGACGCGGAGGUCGGUGACUCCUCCGUGGCGAGCUUGGCCAGCAGGAUCUCCACACUGGAGGCCCACAGACAGGCCAGGGAAGAAAAUGUGAAAAAAAUGGAGGUGGGACAUCUCGACAACCAGGGCAGUGUACGAGCCGUGGCAGAGAAGUUUGGGGACUUGGUCAAAGGCCUGACGUCUCCAGCUGAGAUAGAGGCCUUAAAAGAGCAGCAGCAGCAGCAGCAGCAGCAGAGCGACAAAUCAUCAACCGCUGGCACAUCGUCGUCGCCGCCUAAGAAAGAGUCGGACCAUAUCUGGGAUCAGCUGAUGGCCGCGCCCAGGGAGCUGCGGAUCAAAGAGAUGGACUUCACAGACCUGAAGGACGAGGACGACAUGGACAUUUUAGAUAUGGACAGUAUGAUGGGGUCAAGUGACCUGAUUCCACCACCUCCUCCUCCGCCAUGCAGCACUGCCCUGCCACCACCUCCGCCCCUGUUCGGGUGCCCUCCUCCUCCGCCCCUGCUUGGCAAAAUGAUGCCCCCGCCUCCACCGUUCAUGCCCCCCAUCCCUCCGCCGUCCCCUCAGCUGAGUCGUGGGGAGGCGCCUCUCUUCCAGAAGAAGAAGAAGACCAUCCGUCUGUUCUGGAAUGAGGUGCGUCCCACGGACUGGCAGUGUAAGAGCCAUAAAUUCUGUAAGGAGUCCCUCUGGUCCAAACUGGAGCCGAUUAAACUGGACACAUCCAAGAUGGAGCAGCUGUUCGAGUCCAAAUCCAAGGAGCUGCCUGUCACAAAGAAGGCGGCUGUCGAUGGCAAACGACAAGAAAUCAUAGUCCUGGAUUCAAAACGCAGCAACGCUAUAAACAUCGGCUUGACUGUCUUACCUCCGCCCCGCACCAUCAAGACCGCCAUCCUCAACUUUGAUGAGUACGCACUGAACAAGGAAGGCAUCGAGAAAAUCCUGACUAUGAUCCCCACAGAGGAGGAGAAGCAGAGGAUCCAGGAGGCUCAGCUGGUCAACCCUGAUAUCCCCCUGGGCAGCGCUGAGCAGUUCCUUCUCACCCUCUCGUCCAUCACAGAGCUGUCUGCUCGCCUGCAGCUGUGGGCAUUCAAGAUGGACUAUGAGCUUGUUGAGAAGGAGGUGGCCGAGCCUCUGCAGGACUUGAAGGAAGGGAUGGACCAGUUAGAGAAAAACAAGACACUCCGCUACAUCUUGACCACGUUGCUCGCAAUAGGCAACUUCCUCAACAGCACCAACGCUAAAGGCUUUGAGCUCAGCUACUUAGAGAAAGUCCCGGAGGUGAAGGACACGGUUCACAAGCAGUCGCUGCUGCACCACGUCUGCUCCAUCGUGGUGGAGAAGUUCCCAGACAGCACUGACCUCUACUCUGAGAUAGGAGCCGUCACCCGCCUGACCAAGGUGGACUUUGAUCAGCUCCAAGACAAUCUGGCCCAGAUGGAGCGAAGGUGCAAAGCAUCAUGGGAUCACCUCAAGGUCAUCGCGAAACAUGAGAUGAAACCGGCGUUGAAACAAAAAAUGUCCGACUUCCUCAAAGACUGUGCCGAGAGGAUCAUCAUUCUGAAGAUAGUACAUCGAAGGAUAAUCAACAGGUUUCAUGCCUUUCUUCUGUUCCUCGGCCAUCCGGUAUACGCGGUACGUGAGGUCAGCAUUCAUCGCUUUAGCAAGAUCCUGAGCGAAUUUGCCCUGGAGUAUCGCACAACGAGAGAGCGCGUGCUGCAACAGAAACAGAAGAGGGCCAACCACCGAGAGAGGAACAAGACCAGGGGAAAAAUGAUAACAGAUAGUGAGGAUGACGAUGACAGUGAGAGCGGUAAAUUUGGCGGUGCCCCGUCAGAAGCACAGGAGAGCCAGCCUCAGGGUAUCCAGUAUGCUGAAGAUGCAGCUGAACAUGAGAACAUGAAGGCCGUGCUGAAGAGCAGCCUGCAGGGCGGAGAGAGCGGGGCGUCCACGGUGCCCGGCCUCCGCACACGCACCAGAGCCAGCAGCACCCGAGGGCGUGUUCCCCCGUGGUGUUCUGCCAAUGACGACCCAGUGAACUGCACAGAUGACACAGCUGAUGAGAUCAUGGAGAGGAUCGUUAGGUCAGCCACUCAGGGGCCCAGCCAGCGGACGCAACCACGGGAGAGGAGACGAUCCCGAGCCAAUCGAAAAUCAUUGAGGAGGACACUGAAGAACGGUUUGACGACAGAGGAGGCAAACGCUCUCGGCUUGUCCAGCGGCUCAGAGAUGCAGGUGUGAGCCGGACACGAGGACGUCUGGAAGCCCUUUCACUGCCCCUCCAACCUGGCAACCCACUCCACUCUAAGCUUGGCUCUAAAACCCCCCCUUCCCCUCAGCUUUGAUGAGUUGACCUCAUCUUCAUGCUUGAUACGAGUGCUUCCUGAAGAGAGUGGACAAAAAGAAAGCAGAUUUUAAUCUUGAACUUGAGCGCUGCGUUCAAACCACUAAGCUUUGCUGUCGCUGGAUAACGUCGAUGACCUGCACUCACAAGGCUUAAUCACAAUCAUCCUACGGACGCGACAUAGCACAGAAACACCCGCGUAAAAGUGUGUUUUAUAAAGCUGAGGGCAUGAGAAGAGUUGGCCGUGUGUGUUCUCCAGCCCCCGUGGCCUUGACUGAAUCCAAAGGGCUAGAAGUGUGGUACAGACACUAAACUCACCACGGGUUUAGUGUCAGCCCUGAAGCUUUAGCGGUAAAUUGAAUCGAAAGAAAAAAAUUUUAUCUAUUGAAUAGAUGGCUUUGUGCAGAAGGUUAUUCUGUUAUAUACUACUGUGGUAGUUUUGUGUUUCUUUUCAUUUUGCUCAAGAAGGUGCUCAAAUAAGGAACAAUUGCACUGGAUGUAAAAGUUGGGUAUCAAUGGAAUGUGAAAUCCUUGACACUGAUGAACCACUCUGACAUCUGAAUCUGAAAAUACACUCAAUGGAUGAACCAGCAAAUCAACAGUAGCACAGUUUUUAACGUCUAAUCAGAGUGGACAGACACGAGGCAGAUGUGCAUCUCAAGCUUUGUUAGUUGACUGGAAUUUAUCUGAGAAACAUUUUUGUAGUAACCAUCGCAAUCUAAAGUUCACGUACUGUGGGGUGAGACCGAUGACGCCACUAGUUUCAGACACCAUGCAAACAUUUUUCAGCUUUAAAACACACGUAGGCAAAUUGCAUCACGCGACCCACCCUCGCAAGUCGGGUUUAGAAGAAAGCGGGCGCUGCGUUACAGGUGCGCAACCUUCGUAGAGUUAUGUGGUUAUUAUUUUCUAGAAAAAACUAUGAGCUGCACAUUUCAGAGUGCCUUUCAAAGACAGUUAUUUAUUAAGACGUUUUCAGGGACAUAUAAUCAAGAAAAUGUUACUACAGAUGUGCAGCCUGUGAGGGGAGAGAGGGGAUAAUAUUGCAAUGUGCAUCACUCACGAGCUGUGAUUUAUGUUUAACCAGUGUUUUUAAACUUGUUCUAGCGAAGUUUCUGUUCUGUUUUUUCUUUUUUUUUCCCCUUCCUUGUCCGUGCUACAUCUCGUUAUGAAAAUAGCUUUAAAAGUAUUUAUGACAACUUAGGGAUUGGUUAUGCACAUUAGCUGGAUCCUGUUGCCUUACUGUAGAACACGGACACACAUUGUCCCGCUCAAGUCCAGAUUUAGAUACAAGGAGUUAAAAAUAGAUGAGGCCAUGUUAAAUGUAUAGCUCAGCUGGCAUCACUGGAGAUCUCGCUUUGUAUUCCUUCACUCUCUAACUAUGAAUGUGAACAUCAGGGGUUUCAUGAUAAUUAGUAAUAGGGACGCACAUAAAAUCUCCAUUAUUUAUCUAUUUUAAAACAUGUGAAAAGAAGGGAGCACGGUGUUAAGACUUUAAUUAUGUAGGUCUGUUUUUGAACUAACGAUGAGCUCAUUUGCUAUUAAAUCAUUUGGAAUGGCCUCGGCUAAAAUUUCUAACACACAUAACUUCAGUUUAUAUCACGGAGAGGGUAAAACUUGCAAACGUUCACUGUGACGGAAACAUAGCCAUUGAGAGAAACAAGAAUCUAGUGCAACAUCAUGAUAAAGCUACAUAAAACCACACCAGCAGUACAUGUUUUUUUGUUUAGACUUUACUGAAAUCUAUUCAGCACCUUAGACUCAAUGUGUAGCAUGCAACUUAGUAGUUACAGCAGGAGGAGGAUGAGGAGCUCUUUGUGUUUCCCAGAUUGUACUGAUUUGUGUCAAAAACCAGACAGAGUAGAUGUGUAAAGUAGAAGAGUGGGGGAAUGCUGUAAAAUGAUGUACAUGUCAUGACAAUGUCUUUGUGUUCUUGUGUUGUUUCUGGGUUUUUUUUUGGCUCCAUGUGUAGAAUAGUGUAUUAUAGACUAAAAGCAGUAUUAUUCUAAAUAUAAUUUAAGCAAACCAAGCCAUGCAUGGUUUAAAAGUCGUCACUUCUGCUUGAGACAAAGGGGAGGUUCACUUUGGUUUCUCAGAGCUGUAGGGUCUGCGUGCGUGUUAUUAACCCUUUUUACUUCACAGCAAACAAAUGUGGUGAAACACAGCAAUGAAAUUCACCAGCUAAUCCUGUGGAAUCCCUUAGAAGCCUCUGAUUUCAUUGCACUCAAUGUUUUUUUUGUUUUUCCUUUUAAUUUAACAUUAGCUCACCACACACACACAUUUGCUGCCUGUGCCAUAACAUCACUGUGGAACUUGGACACAAGUGCUAUACAAACAAGGCUUCUAUUGCGUCUUUGCCCACAGCAAAAAGUAUGUAACAACUACAAUAAAAUGGCUCAUUAAAACAU